AUGCCAAAACAGACCAGCCCCAUCGUCGCCGAUGUCAACACGAUGUGCUGGGUCGACAGGUCCACAAUAAAAAGCGCGGAGGACAUGGAUAUGGCAGAACCCACCAUGUCCCAUCAUCAGCGCCAGACGGCGCUCGGCUUUUUCCUCCCCGUCUUCUGGCCUGACGGCAAAAGUGGCGAUGAUGCGAUACGACAACAAGCCGCAGAACAGCACAACAAGCAGGGGGGUUCCGGUCCUCGUAAAUAUGAAGACGGAUCCGCCCUCGCCUAG